CUGGGUGGAGAGGUGGAUACUGCUCUUCCUGACCUCAGCCAAAGCUUGGCUCCCAAGGACUUUUGGCCAUUUCACAACGCCAGACAUAGACUCCAAGGAUAAAAAUCUGUCUUCACUGAGAUUAAUAAGAAGGUUCUCAGGCAGCCCUCUUAGAAGACUCUGAAGAAUGACUGAGUGUCGGCGGGUGGAGAAUGAGCCUACAGCUCCCUGAGGUGACUAUGAAGAGGGCCAGCAGGCAUUUGGAUGUCUAAGGCCCUGCCUCCCCACAGCAAUGAUGUCAGAAGGGGAGAGUAAGGACAGCGCAGGCAGCGAGUGCCCCGUGUGCUAUGAGAAGUUCCGUGAUCUGGAGGGCGCCAGCCGGACACUGAGCUGUGGCCAUGUCUUCUGCCAUGACUGCCUUGUCAAGUACCUACUCUCCACCCGCGUGGAUGGGCAGGUCCAGAGGACCAUUGUCUGCCCCAUCUGCCGCUAUGUCACCUUCCUCAGCAAGAAGAGCUCCCGCUGGCCCUCCAUGCUGGACAAGAGCUCCCAGACCCUGGCUGUGCCUAUGGGCCUGCCCUCUGGGCCACCGAUGAACACCCUGGGCCAUACAAACCCCCUGGCUACAUCACAACAGCCUGUCUGGAGAACAUCCCUGAGUCAGAGCACCCAGCUCCCCUUGGACUCACUGCCCAGCCUGGCCCGGGAGCCUCAGAUAUUCAUAAUUAGCCGCCAUGGGAUGCCCCUGGGGGAGCAGGACAGUGUCCUGCCGCAGCGCAGCCUGGCAGAGCUCUCUGAGGUGUCACCGGCACCCAGCUCUAACCGGUCAUUUUGCUGCCGUUCCCGCGCCCUGCUUCUCAUCACCCUCAUCGCCGUGGUGGCGGUGGUAGCUGCCAUAUUGCCCUGGGUGCUGCUGGUGAGGAAGCAGGCAUGAGUUGUGGCCGCCAGGGGCCAGCCAGCAAGACCCGCCUGGAGCUGCUCUGAAAACUGCCCCGCUUCACCCUACAGGGUUGUCCCGGCCUAGGAGGGAGCAGAGGCCCCCCAGUGCAGACCUAGGCUAUGCAACCUGAGGGGUGAGUGGGCACAGGGGAGGCCUGGGGCAGAGAGAGGGCAUUAGGAUGGUGCAAGCUGAAAGUAUGGUGGCAUGUCCUCACCUCCAGCUGCCUGCUCCCAGCAGGGGUUCAGGCAUGACAAGGAAGCUGGGGGCUGGUGACCUCGGAGGCUAGAGCUGGGCCAAGUACCUGAGCUCUAGACUGAGAUGGAAGUUCCAGGCUCUAGGCCGGGGUCAAACAUGCGGUGGAAGCUGCUCCUCGGAAACAACAGCUGUGCCACCCACCACCCCUGUAGCCUCAGCAGACACUUUCCCUUACCUCUGGGCUAGAACUGAGCAAGGCGGGAAGAUGGGCAGUUGCCCGUUCCUGUGUUGGGGGCUGCCAGCCCUGAAGUGUAGUCCUGAGCUGCCAGGUGACCUACUUGAAGCCAGGUGGGGCUCCCUUGUGGGGACUAAGAAUUCUGCUGGGUGGGGACCAACGGCGGGACUCCUCCGGGUCAGAAUGCCCACCCGGGAUUCUCUAGUUUGUCCUCACAAACAGAAGGGGUGGCACAGGGCCAAAAGCACGUGUUUCCCAGAAUCUCAGCACCCAUCCAUGACCCUCACAGCUGGGCCACUGUGCACCCUCCCACCCCUAAGUCCUUCCUGCCCCCAAAUCCUCCCCGCCCCCAAAGUGCCAGUCUGGAAGGGGUACUUCCUCAAAGAAGUUGCUGAUCUCAGAGCUGUGGUCCCCGGACUUCCGGAGGAAGUAAUAGAAAAGGGUAUUUCCGGGGAGCUGAGGCCACUUCAGGCUACAGAAGUAUGUUGACAGAGGCUGAAGCCAGCAGAAUAACCCACAAACACAGCCAGAGUUCUCCCCAAGCCUCCCAGGCUCAAGGGAUGGUCCAAAUUGUGAAUCUUGGCUUGUCAAGGCUGGAUUGGAAGGCGGGGAGUCCAGGAGAAGCCUAAUGGUCGCCACUUGAAUCAGCUGAGAACUAUGUGGGCAAAUUAACCCCUAGGGGCUCCCACCUCUCUCCCAGCCCCAGUCCUCCUCCUCAUGACCCAACCACUUAUUAGAGGCCACACCAGCUGGGCCAGUUUCUGAGGUGGCUUCUCAGGCGGGGCUGGGUAAGGAAGGGUGGGGAAGAAAACAGCUGUGCUUGUCAGGGAGACUACCGUCUCCACGAACCCCGAAACCCAGGUGCUGUCAUACACUGGGCAAGGUCUCCUCACCCAGGGACCCCACCCUGGACUGUGCUGAGGGCACUUGAUGAGGACCAGUGGAAGCAAGUCAUUCAGGAACAACUAUUUGAUGUUUACUAAGGACCCUAAAUCGGUGGGUCAUCAUCUUAAAUUAACUUUAGGGUUAAAAACAAACAAAAAACCCCUCCAGCUAUUCCUUCAAAUAGGUGGUUGUUAGCAGUCCAGGUGAGCCAACA